GCUGCUGCAGCCACAGCUACACAUGAUUUGAUUGAAAAAUAAUAAUUCCUUCGAUUCGGAAACAAUUUGUCCGAUUCAUAAUCAGUGAAUAAUUGAUUUGUUCGGAUGGAUUGAUUAAUAAUAAUAAUAAUUUUAUUUAAUUGCUUUAUUCAUUCAUUUAUUUCAGUUACAAACACGACAUUUAUAUUCAAUGAAUAGCGCAUUUGCAAUCAUUACGUAAUGUCAAUAAUAAAUAAUUUUAUUCGUCUAUCACAUGUAUGUGUUCGACAUGAACGUCCAUUCUUAUUGACACGAUCCCGACAUCUAUUGAUUCGUUCCAUUAAUCUCGAAGCUCGUGGUAUUAAUAAUAAUAUUUCAUCUUGUCGAAAACAAUUAUUUUAUGCUUUCGAAAUGCUUUCAUUCAUACCGAAUUUAAGAGGUAAACAAUUGCGUUUAUUUCGUAAUUUCUAUUAUCGUUUGGUCAGAGAUUUUCGACUGUUGAAUGAUCAACAACAAAAAAUUCCCGAUGGAUUUGGUAAAUUUUUUCCCAGACAAAAACCUCAACAAUCACAACAACAGCAACAACAACCGAAAACUCAACAACAGCAAUCCGGAGCAGAGAAACCGAAAGAAAUUGAAUUUAAAUUUUCUUUUGGUACACGACCUGGUGGUGGUGGAGGAGGAGGUGGGACUGGUGGACCUAAACCAACUGAUCCAAACAUGUGGUCAUUGAUCGGUUUUGCCGGCACUUUUACAUUAUUGAUGGCCUAUUCAUUUUUCAAAAUCCGAUAUCGUGAAAUUACUUGGAAAGAAUUUAUCAAUCAAUAUCUUCAGGGUGGAAUGAUGGAAAAACUUGAAGUUGUUAAUAAAAAAUGGGUACGAGUAAAAUUUAUGCCUGGAGCUCCUGUUGCUACCAACACCACACUUUGGUUCAACAUUGGCAGUGUCGAAACAUUCGAACGUAAUUUGGAAAAUAUUCAACUUGAAAUGAAUAUUGAACCGGCUAAUUUUACACCCGUUGUUUAUAAAAAUGAAAUUGAUAGUUCCCAUGUGAUUUCGUUUCUGCCAACAGUUUUGAUCAUUGGUUUAAUAUUAUGGUCAAUGCGUAGAGCAAGCAAUGUUAUGGGUGGAGCACGAAAAGGAGGUGGAAUUUUCGGUAUGGGUGAAUCUACGGCUAAAUUGAUAAAUCCAAAAGAUAUCUCUGUUAAAUUCAAGGAUGUAGCUGGCUGUGAAGAGGCUAAAUUGGAAAUUAUGGAAUUUGUCAAUUUUCUAAAGAAUCCAUCACGAUACACCGAAUUGGGUGCUAAGAUUCCAAAAGGUGCCCUUCUAACUGGACCACCAGGUACUGGUAAAACUUUAUUAGCUAAAGCUACAGCUGGUGAAGCUAAAGUGCCUUUCAUCACCGUAUCUGGCUCAGAGUUUCUCGAAAUGUUUGUCGGUGUUGGUCCUUCACGUGUUCGAGAUAUGUUUGCAAUGGCACGUAAAAAUGCUCCAUGCAUUUUAUUUAUUGAUGAAAUUGAUGCCGUUGGUCGUAAACGUGGUGGUCGCAAUAUAGGUGGCCAUAGCGAACAGGAAAAUACAUUGAAUCAAUUAUUGGUCGAAAUGGAUGGUUUUAAUACGGCUUCCAAUGUCGUUGUAUUGGCCGCUACUAAUCGUAUAGAUAUUCUUGAUAAAGCACUGCUAAGGCCGGGUCGUUUCGAUCGACAAAUAUUUGUCCCACCACCAGAUAUCAAAGGUCGAGCUUCAAUUUUCAAAGUCCAUCUACAACCAUUAAAAACUGAUCUGGAUAAAUCGGAAAUUGCCCGUAAAUUAGCUGCAUUGACGCCCGGAUUCACUGGUGCAGAUAUUGCAAAUGUAUGCAAUGAAGCUGCAUUAAUAGCCGCUCGUGAUCUGAGUCAAUCAAUUACAUUUAAAAAUUUUGAAGCCGCAAUUGAACGUGUCGUGGCUGGAUUGGAAAAGAAAACAAAAGUAUUGCAACCAGAAGAGAAAAAGACUGUCGCCUAUCAUGAAGCUGGUCAUGCUGUUUGCGGUUGGUUUCUGGAACAUGCCGAUCCGUUGCUCAAAGUAUCGAUUAUACCUCGUGGCAUGGGAUUGGGUUAUGCACAAUAUUUGCCAAAAGAGCAAUAUCUUUAUACAAAAGAACAAUUAUUUGAUCGAAUGUGUAUGACAUUAGGUGGUCGAGCUUCAGAGCAGAUAUUUUUCAACCGUAUUACAUCAGGUGCACAAGAUGAUCUUCAAAAGGUAACAAAAAUUGCCUAUUCACAAAUCGUUCAGCUUGGUAUGAGUGAAAAAGUUGGUAAUCUUUCAUUCGAUAUGCCUGACAAAGGUGAAUUAGUCAUUGAUAAACCAUAUAGCGAAGAAACAGCUCAGCUGAUUGAUCAAGAAGUCAGAGAUCUUGUUAGUCGAUCAUAUCAACGAACAAUCGAUCUGUUAACGCAACAUAAAUCUAAUGUAGAAAAGGUAGCAAAACGUUUAUUAGAAAAAGAAAUUCUAGAUCGUGAAGAUAUGAUUGAACUUUUAGGUAAACGUCCAUUCAAAGAAAAAUCUACAUAUGAAGAAUUUGUCGAAGGAACUGGUAGCCUUGAAGAGGACACAACCUUACCGAAAGGUCUUCAAGAUUGGAAUCAAGAGGAAACGGAAAAACAAAAACAACCUGAAACAAAUAAACCGUAGAUUGUAAUCAAUUUUUUUUUUAAUUUGCAAAGUAAAUAUGUUUGUUGUGUAAUUUGUAAGUGAUAUUAAAGGUCAAAAAUUUAAAAUGAA